AUGAGUGACAACUGCAGGUGUAGAAAAAAACAACCACACCGCAUCUGGAUCUUGCCAAUACUUGGUUGAAGGUCGUUUUAUCCCUUUCAAUUAAAUUAGAAUCAUUCCCACUCUUUCGGCGUGUAUGUAAAAAAAAUGUCAGUAAAAUCUGAAUCUAUAAAGUAAUUUUCACUAUCCCAAGAUUGUUACAAAGGGAACUGACAACAAAUUAAAUAACUCCUUUCCCUUAGCAUCAAAUAACUAAUUAGGUAUAACAAGAAAUACAGUUCGCCCAGGAUAUUUGUGUUGAUGAAAUAAAUGCGGAAAAAAUUCGGGUUGUUAUUUGGUUAUUUUCACGUUUUAUCUUCCGAAUUGCUGUUUAUGUUUGUGGUUCUCGUUUCAAAUUAUAAACGAAUUGUCGACCUGACGGGAAACAUUUUGAAUACUGAUUGAAACAAAAAGUGAUAUUUUUGUGUGUUUUUGUUUUCUAUGUGAACAAAUUGAGAUUCAUAAAUAUUUUUCUAAUCUUCUUGACAACAAAUUGACCGAUUUUAAAACAUCAAACGUCAAAAUGAAGGACUUCGAAAGACCUUUCAAACAAGCGGUUACUCGAUAUCCUUUGUCAUUCAAGGGGAUGCCCCUAGGGGGCAGAGGGUGAAAGGGGUUGAAGUAAUUUUUGGUUAAACAGUUGUCGCCCUUGACAAAUCUUUUAACGUGUCUCGGCGGUUUUUUCUUUUAAUCCGUGGUUUUCGAUAAGUCCGUGGUGGGAGGUUUUCAAAUGUGUUUAAAGUACCCAGCAAUUUUGGUACGCCCUACAACAGAACUGGCCACAAUUUCAUAAAAAUCCAGUUAAUCAUUCAAUAUAAUAUUCAACAAGAAAACAAGUCAGUCAACAUUGACAUCACACACGUCACUAAUAAUAUUGACAUUAGCAUAAUCAGACGAGGAAGAAGAGCAACAAAAGAAAAGAGAAUUGGAGUUGAAAAGGAAAAGCUUCGAUAAAUAUCAUGCGCUGCAUUUGGAUUAGGAACUUUUGGAAGAGGAAGAUGCUGAUGAAAAAUAAAAGAAAAAUCC